AUGUUACCCAUAAGAAGUGGCCCUGACUUCCAUCCAGACAACCCAUGCCGGAAUUGUGCCUUAACCAACAGGGUCUGCACAUAUGCUGUUCGGGAUAAGAAAGUCACAAUACCAGAAAGCUAUCUGCGAAGGCUUGAGAAUGAAUUGCAGAACUCCAAAGUUGUGCAUUCUAAUACUGGACGAUCUGCAGAAGAGAGUUGUGCCCCCCUUCCGCGUAGUGUUCAGUUCAUAGACGAACGUAAAAGACGUCGACCUUCUGUAUCCGCCGUUGAGAACUCCACAGCACAAUUGUUCGUGUCAAAGUUGAAACAGAUUCAGAGUUCUACCUCCGGUCUACACUUGUUUGGCAGUAACUCGGAGACUUCUGGUCCCUCGAAUGGUGACCUUGAACGAGAUUCGGUAGCCUCAAAAUAUGAGUAUUUUGCGCUCGACUCCGACACGGCCCAUGCAAGAUGUACAUUUACCCUCCCACCGUAUCCUUAUGCCUUGUUCCUGCUCGAACAAUUCUCUAUAUAUCUAGGCCAAGAUUGGCAUUGGUUUUGUCUACGAACAUUCCAACACCGGUUGCACAACACGUACAUGAUUGCGCAUUCUCUCGAGUCGAAAGAUCGGACAUGGCUUUGUCUCUUACUUGUGACCUUGGCACUUGGAGAAUCCGUAAAUGCAAGUCGAAGGCCUCAAAUCACGUUAGAUCUCAACGGCCAAAGCUCACAGUUGAUGGAACAUGACAUUGGUGCCUCACCGUCGACACCUCCUCCAGGAAGCGAACUCUUCGAGCAAGCAUUGAAAUUAUUGAGUACACCUUUCGAGAGUGCUUCCAUUGAGCAUUUGGAGGCAUUGAACUUGAUUGUGCUGUAUAAUUAUCAACUUAACAGAAAAAGGACCGCAUACAUGUAUGCAGGCACAAGCGCAAGACUAUGCAACAUGCUCCAAUUACACCAAAUACCUAAAGCAUGGGAAUGCUCAGCUGUAGAACGAGAGCACAGGAAACGUCUCUGGUGGUCAACGUUCUGUUUAGAUCGGAUGACCAGUUCUCAGGGCGGUCACUUACCAGCGCUCCAAGUGGACCAAAUUAAUCUCGAAUAUCCCUCUCGGAUACAGCCUGCUUCAGAAGACGACAAGGAGUUCGCUAAUCCAGACUAUCUUUCAGCUCGCGUUCAAUUGACGAUUCUGGAAGCAGAGAAUUCUGAUAGCGUCUCUGGUUCCAGUAAUGAUGAUGCACACGACAUUGCAAACAUAUAUCGCCCGAUGCUAUCGAAGCUUUGCAGUUGGAAGCAAAGUUUACCAGUCCCACUCUCGUCGGAUAUCGACAAUGGCAUACCCACACUAACAGGGUCCCUUCCUGAUACACGCGCAUUGGCGAACUUCCAUUUACGAUUCAAUCAGUGUCUAAUACUCUUGCUACGGCCACUUCUUCUCAGACAAAUAGCCUCAAUAUUUUCCAACGAAACAUCAAAUGCAUCACAGGAGGAAUUGCUGGAACUCAAUAGCACGUGCCUCAAAUCUGCACGAUCAAAUCUGCGAAUCUCUCUCGAUGUCAGAGCCCACAGUCUACUGGUGCCCUUGGGAUUUAUGGAAAAUAUGCAUCUAUUCACAAGUUUAAUGAUCUUAUAUUUAGCUAUCUCCAUCAAUAUCAGGCGCCCUGGCUCAUUCCACCAGAUCUCUGAGGAUGCCAGUAAAUACGAAGAAGGAAAAGAUUUACUGCGGUACAUGAUGCAAUCAGGAAGUUUCGCGGCGAAAGGCCAUUUAGCUAUGCUCAAAGACGUGGAAGACCUAGGUGAUACGAUUGCAAUGGAAGGUGGGAUGCGUUUCAAUCAAGAAGGGGAGCAAUGGGAUGUGGACGAGUGGAUGUUACAGCUUUUUCAAACUAGCAGCUCUAUAGAGCACAUGGUAUCCUAA